GACUGGAUCUAGAGGGGGAACUUGGGAAGGGGAAAGGAGAGUGGGGAGAGAGAGAGAGAGGAGCUGGAAGAAAAAGAAAAAAGAAAACAAAUAAAUUGGCUUUCGGCACCCUCACAUCAUCACUGCUUUCUCCCAUCCCCUCAUCGUUACCAUUAGAUCUCACCGUCACCGUCGCCGGGGACUCGAAUCGUCGAUCUCUUGCGGUCGCUGUUAAAAAUCCGUAAAAUUUCAGAUGUCGGCGUAGCAUCCAUCCAUCCAUCAUCUCUUCCACUCCUUCAAAGGGAAUUGAAGGCUGAAGGCUCGUAUAUUAUAUUAUAUAUGUGUGUGUAUCUUAUGUAUGUAUGAAGGAUGGUGAGGCCAGUUGGGAAGCACAAAUCUGCGAAAUUUGUGCUAAUGCUAGUUUUCCUGCUCGGAUUCGUCCUCUUCUAUAACUUCUUCUGGGCUUCUUCUCCUUACUUGGCAUAUGUUCGUCCCAAGACCGCUGCCAACGUAAUCGUCCCCAUCAACCCCGAAACCAACAAGUCUCAAAAGGGAGAAACCACCAAGAAAGGUAAUCUUCACGAGAGAGUCUUGGCAGCAACUUUUGCUGAUUUGCCUGCCCCCGAACUGAAAUGGGAGAAGAUGGCAUCUGCACCCGUGCCUAGACUAGAUGGGGCCGCCAUUCAGAUAAAGAAUCUUCUGUAUGUGUUUGCUGGAUAUGGCACCAUCGAUUAUGUGCAUUCUCAUGUCGAUAUAUAUAACUUUACAGACAAUACUUGGGGAGGAAGAUUCAACAUGCCAAAAGAGAUGGCCCAUUCGCAUUUAGGAAUGGUAACUGAUGGAAGAUAUAUAUACAUAGUUACCGGGCAAUACGGGCCCCAGUGCAGGGGGCCAACUGCCCAUACUUUUGUGUUGGACACCGAGACAAAGCAGUGGCAUGAUAUGCCUCCCUUACCUGUACCAAGAUAUGCACCAGCAACCCAAUUUUGGAGAGGCCGACUUCACGUGAUGGGAGGCAGCAAGGAGAAUAGGCAUACUCCUGGGCUAGAACACUGGAGUAUUGCUGUAAAGGAUGGCAAAGUAUUAGAGAAGGAGUGGAGACCAGAAAUACCCAUACCUCGCGGAGGACCUCAUAGGGCUUGUGUUGUUGUCAAUGAUUGUCUAAUUGUUAUUGGUGGUCAAGAAGGUGAUUUUAUGGCUAAGCCUGGAUCACCUAUAUUCAAAUGCUCCCGUAGAAAUGAGGUUGUUUAUGGUGAUGUUUAUAUGCUAGAUGAUGAUAUGAAGUGGAAAGUAUUGCCUUCAAUGCCAAAACCAGAUUCUCAUAUUGAGUUUGCCUGGGCCAUUGUCAACAAUUCAAUUGUCAUUGCUGGAGGCACGACAGAGAAGCAUCCAGAGACCAAAAAGAUGGUGCUAAAUGGAGAAUUGUUCCAGUUCAAUUUAGAUACAAUGAAAUGGUCAAUCAUUGGAAAACUUCCAUUCAGGGUGAAGACUACCCUGGUCGGGUUGUGGGAUGGAUAUAUAUACUUUACAUCUGGACAGCGAGACAAAGGGCCAGAGGAUCCAUCUCCAAAGAAGGUUAUUGGAGACAUGUGGAGGACUAAAUUGAAGUUGUAAAUUUUGUUUGCUUUAACCAAAAUGCCAAUUCUUUGCCUCGAUAGUGUUUCACGGAACUUUGAGUUGCCAAAUAUAUGCAACAGCUUAACAGUGAAA